AUGGAGAACUCAGGCGAAGACCUCUCCUCCACAGCCAGCCACUCCUUCUCCGGCGACGGCGGCAGCGCCUCCUCCGAGGAGAGCGGCUGGACGUCCUACAUCGACUACUUCAUGGAGACGCAGCAGCAGCAGCGACGCAAGGAGGAGGUGAGCCGCCGUGCUGGUGAUCCCUCCACUGACGAUGCUGGAGCUGGACGACGAUGCAGUUCUACAUCGGAGUGCAGCAGUGAUACUGGAGUAGGAGCCUCCACAUGGCUGCCGGUGCUUGCCGAACCGUCGGUGGUGUCGAGAAGGUUGAGCCUCAGGGAGGGCUGGAGGAGGAAGAAGGUCAUGUAUGAUGAGUCCUUGGAGGAUACUGCCACGUCUCCUAUCAGUAGCCCUAAGUUGAUUGAGUUGACCAGGGAUUCAGAUGUCACCCACCACCAGAAGAAAGUAAAUUCCUGUGAUGAGAUUUCGCGUUCUAAGCGCAAGAGUACAUGCAGUGAUGUAAAUGGGGCAAACACAACAAUAGACACAUCAAUCAAGGAAGAUAAGUGCAUAUGA